CCGUCUGGGCACCGUCUCCCAUUCACGGAAUACCGGAGCUUUAUUCACCGGUCUCUCUCUCACCGGUCGGUCUUUGCUUUCUACUCGACACCCGAGGACGAACAGAGAGGCGAUUUAUAUCUUUCAUCGCGGGCAGAAACAGACUCACUCCCGAGGCCGCAACUCCUUUCACCGGCUCGUGCAAUGCGCAUCACGGCAUAGCCAAGUGGAAGUUCGCUUUGAAAUCCCCGCAUCGUUUGAACCCAUCGGUUCCACUUUUCGACGCCAUGUCUGAUGAAAGUGAGCCGAAGCACUUCCUGUACUCGACCCUGGAGGGGCUCGAGAGGAACCGGGUCGGCUUCCAGCCGGAGGGGGAGGACGGCUCCGCCCGCGGCACCAUCGGUCAACUCCACCGCAUGGCCGCCGCCUACAAAAAGGGCUGCGGCCGGCGGGACGGGGUCAGCGACGGCGGCCACGAGCGCGCGGCCUCCCCCCAGCACAAAGACAGGAAGCGGCCGCGCGCGCCCUCGCGCGAGGACGUAGAGAUGCGGGGCAGCGGCGGCUCGAGCGCGAGCGGGACGGAGUCGCACGGCAACGAGUCCCAUGGCAACGAGUCGCACGGAAACGAGUCCGUGGGCAGCUCGAGCGGCAACGGCAAGGACUCGGCCCUCACGGAGUCCUCGGGCAGCAACAAGAGCUCAAACUCUCACAGUCUGUCGCCGCCGAGCAGCUCCAACGCCUUCAGCCUGGUGAGCUCCGAGCAGGACAACCCUUCGACCAGCGGCUGCAGCAGCGAACAGUCCGCCAAAGCCAAGACACAGAAGGAGCUCUUCAAGACCCUCAAGGAGCUGAAGAUGCACCUGCCGUCGGAAAAGCGGAGCAAGGGCAAGCCGAGCACCGUCAACUCGCUGAAAUACGCCCUGCGGUGCGUCAAACAGGUGAAAGCAAAUGAAGAAUACUAUCAGAUGCUGAUGACCAAGGACAGCCAGCCGCCGGGGUUCGAUGUCUCGUCCUACACCAUCGAGGAGAUCAACAGCAUCACCUCCGAAUACACCCUUAAAAACAACGAUAUUUUUGCUGUAGCCGUCUCGCUCAUCACGGGCAAAAUAGUUUACAUCUCGGACCAGGCGGCGUCCAUCUUGAACUGCAAGCGCGAAGUGUUCAACAACGCCAAGUUCGUGGAGUUCUUGGCGCCUCAGGACGUCAGCGUGUUCUACAGCUUCACCACGCCCUACCGCCUGCCCUCAUGGAGCAUGUGCACCGGAGCAGACUCGUCUCCCACGGAGUGCAUGCAGGAGAAAUCCUUCUUUUGCCGCAUCAGUGGCAAGGAGCGUGAAGGAGAUCUGCAGUACUAUCCUUUCCGCAUGACUCCCUACCGGAUGAAAGUCCAGGAUGCCGAGCUGGGUGAGGAGCAGUUCUGCUGCCUCCUGCUGGCCGAGAGGGUGCACUCCGGUUACGAAGCACCCAGAAUCCCUGCUGACAAGCGCGUCUUCACCACCACACACACACCUAACUGUGUGUUCCAGGAUGUGGAUGAGAGGGCCGUUCCUCUGUUGGGUUACCUCCCUCAGGACCUGAUCGGGACCCCCGUGCUGCUCAAUCUGCACCCGAGUGACCGACACUUGAUGCUGGCUGUGCAUCGUAAAAUUCUGCAGUCUGCCGGCCAGCCGUUCGAUCACUCCUCGAUCCGUUUCUGCGCGCGAAACGGCGACUACGUCACCAUCGACACCAGCUGGUCCAGCUUCGUCAACCCCUGGAGUCGCAAGGUCUCCUUUGUCAUCGGCAGGCACAAAGUCCGCAUGGGUCCUGUGAAUGAAGAUGUUUUCGCAGCACCAGCUUUUCAUGGAGGGAAGAUCAUAGACUCAGACAUCCAAAUUAGUGAACAGAUCCACAAGCUGCUACUCCAACCGGUCCACAACAUGGGCUCCAGCGGCUACGGCAGCAACGGUUCCCACGAGCAGCCGGUGAGCAUCGGCUCGUCCAGCGAGAGCAACGGGAAUGCGGCGGAGGAGGCGAACAAGGCCAAGCCUCCCAGGACCUUCCAGGAGAUUUGUAAAGGGGUCCACAUGCUGAAGAACCAGGACUCCCAGGUCGGCCUGCGCUCCCCACCGCCUUCGCCCUCGUGGUCGACGUCCAAGCCGGAGCAGAAGAAGACCGCUGACGCCUCUCGGAAGAGUCCAGCGAUGCGUCUGAAAGACUCUGCGCCCCCUCUGCAGGUCAGAGACGGUACUGCAGCCAGCGUUGAGGACUUAACAUGGAAAGACCAGACUAUCUGCUCCUACCAGCAGAUCAGCUGCCUCGACAGUGUCAUCCGGUACCUGGAGAGUUGUAACGUCCCCAUCACAGCAAAGAGGAAGUACCAGUUCUCCACCAACGCCACCUCCUCCAACUCGGAUGACGACAAGAAGGGCUCAGAGGAUUGCAUGCAGGUGUCUCAGGACAUAAACCAAGACUCUUUGGUUCUAGACGCCCAGCCCGGCCUGUCAAACAUGAAAGCGCUUAAGAAGCCCUCGUCGGGCCCCCUGGCUCCGCUCACCCUGCCCAGCAAGGCCGAGAGCGUGGUGUCCAUCACCUCGCAGUGCAGCUACAGCAGCACCAUCGUCCACGUGGGAGACAAGAAGCCUCAGCCGGAGUCCGAGAUUAUCGAGGACGUGGCAGAGAGCGCCGCGCCCCCGGCUCUGCAUGUCAACGUGGUGUCCCCGCCCAGCCAGGAGGAGGAGGCCUACAAGCGUCUGGGACUGACCAAGCAGGUGCUGGCUGCGCACACCCAGAAAGAAGAGCAGGCCUAUCUCCACCGCUGCCGAGAGCUCCACAACGCCGGGACCCUCCAGAUGGACUGUUUCACCUAUCUGUACGAGCAGAGAGGUCCAGCUAACGCUGAAGACUCCGCUGCACUACGAGGUGGAACCAAACAAGGCCCCGCCAGGCCUGAGCCGACUGCCAAGAGAGGCAACCGCAACAGGAAGUCCAAGAAGCCGCGGGUGAAGCAUCCGGAUUCGUCGGACAGCGGCGUAUCAAACCGCAAACGCCGGCCCCCUCUCCAGAGCCUCAACCAAACCUCGUGGUCCCUGUCGGAAGCAUCCGUGUCGGCUUUUAACGUCUCCUACCCGGCCAUGGUGCCCGCCUACCCGCUCUAUCCCCCCGCACCUGCAGCCUCAGCUCAGGCCCCCUGUCCGGACCCUUCCCUGUCCGCAGGCUUUGGUGAGGGACAGAGCACCCAAUCCCUACCGACCACCGCUCCGUUUGGUGCGCCCAUUGUUACCCCUGUGGUGGCUCUGGUGCUACCCAAUUACCUCUUCCCCCAAGUAGGGCAGUUGGGUCAGAACGGGCAGCUGGCGGCUGCUUCUGGACCAGCGUUUUUCCCUGAGCAGACCCAGACGCAGACCCAGCAGGCCUUCCAGCCCCCACAGCCAGCCUUCGCCAUGGAAACACAGCCACCCUACAUUGGCCAACCGCCGUUCCCCGUCCAGACUGCCUUUACCCCCCAAGUCCCCUUCACUGCCUCCCAGACUUUCCAAACCCCACAGACCCCCUUCACUACAGUGCCGCCUUUCCAAACCACACAGACCCCCUUUACUAUAGUGCCACCUUUCCAAACCACACAGACCCCCUUCACUACAGUGCCACCUUUCCAAACCACACAGACCCCCUUUACUAUAGUACCACCUUUCCAUACCCCUCAGACCCCCUUCACUACAGUGCGGCCUUUCCAUACCCCUCAUACCCCCUUCACUACAGUGCGGCCUUUCCAUACCCCUCAGACCCCCUUCACAACAGUGCCACCUAUCCAUGCCCCUCAGACCCCCUUUACUAUAGUACCACCUAUCCAUGCCCCUCAGACCCCCUUUACUAUAGUACCACCUAUCCAUGCCCCUCAGACCCCCUUUACUAUAGUACCACCUAUCCAUGCCCCUCAGACCCCCUUUACUACAGUACCACCUUUCCAUGCCCCUCAGACCCCCAUCACUACAGUGCCACCUUUCCAUGCCCCUCAGACCCCCUUCACUACAGUGCCACCUUUCCAUGCCCCUCAGACCCCCAUCACUACAGUGCCACCUGUCCAUGCCCCUCAGACCCCCUUCACUACAGUGCCACCUUUCCAUGCCCCUCAGACCCCCUUCACUACAGUGCCACCUUUCCAUGCCCCUCAGACCCCCUUCACUACAGUGCCACCUUUCCAUGCCCCUCAGACCCCCUUCACUACAGCGCGGCCUUUCCAUGCCCCUCAGACUGCCUACACUACGCAGAAGCAUUUCGCGGCAAAGCCUCCUUUCCGGGUGCGGACUCAGUUUGGGACUCGAGCCCCGUAUCCAGCUCAGCCGUUCCCCUACAUCUUCGCCCCCGAGCCACCCAAAUCCAUGGCCACGGCGCUCCGAGAGGGGGUGUCGUCGCGCCCCUCCACACCGGCCUCUGGAGCGCGGGAGCCCACCGCGUCGCCGCCGCUGUUUGAGUCGCGGUGCAGCUCGCCCCUGCAGCUCAAUCUGCUGAGCAUGGAGGAUAGCACGGCGCCGCUUGCAGGUUGCCCGGGCAACGGCUCAGCAGGAGCAUCGAGGGCGGCCGAGACCGAGAAACGCCAACAGGUGGAGUCUGCAGGAGACGGGGCUCACAGUGACGGUAACUCGUCCUACGACUUGGGGGGCAUCCUGCUGCAGGAGGAUUCUCACUCCGGGACCGGAUCAGCCACCUCUGGUUCCACGGGCUCUGGAUCGGGCUCUGGAUCGGGCUCUGGAUCGGGCUCUGGAUCGGGCAGUGGUACAUCAGCUAGUGGAGCUUCUGGCUGCCGAACAGGGAGCAGCAACAGCAGCAAAUACUUUGGCACUCUGGAACACCACCCCAAGGCCAGAGCCAAGAUGAGAGGCGGAGGAGACUCUGAAGGAAGCCAGUCGCAGACCAAGGUUUCAAGCCGAGGCGACGGAGAGCGUUUCCUCAAAUACGUUCGCCAGGAGCCCCUCUGGCUGCUGAUGGCCAACGCUGACGAGAAGGUCAUGAUGACGUACCAAAUGCCAUCCAGGGACAUUCAGAGGGUUCUGCAAGAAGACAAGGAGAGGCUGAGGCAGAUGCAGAAGAGCCAGCCACACUUUACCUCCGACCAGCGGCGAGAGCUCGUGGAGGAGCACCCUUGGAUGAGGAGGGGGGGUCUGCCUGUUGCCGUCAAUGUGAAGGAGUGUGUGUACUGCGAAGACGCAGCGGCGGCGCCCAUCGAAGAGAACCUGUCGCACAUGGAAAUGGGCGGGCUCGGCGAGGAGCUGCGCCGCGAGGGCCAGAAUGCCCAGAGCCAAUCGGAGAAGUCUCAGCCUCAAACAGACACCGGCUCCUGAACACACACGCACACACACGCGUACACACGCGCACACACGCGCACACACACACACAAGCCACCAGCAGGGGGACACACUCAACCAGAAAUGGACCUUUUGGGCAGAACGGUGUGCUCAUGCGAGUACCGCUCCUCGUGUGCAGUUCUUAAGCCGUCCUUGCAGGGGGCAGUAGCUCUUUAUGAGGGUCUUUGUAUGCGUGACCCUCAUAUAGUACUUUUGCCAACUCCCUCUUACACACACACACACACACACACACACGCACACACACACACUGAAAGGAUCUGGGUGGUUGGUGACUUUUUAAGCCUACCAGGUAUUUUCUUUUUAAUAUUUAUUCCAUUGUCUCUUUCACAGAGGCCGAGCUUGACGGCAACAUGAGAAGAUAUUAUUAUAUUUAUUGGA